AGGAAAUUGAAGCAGUCGAUACCUAAGUAGUAAGCGCGACCCAUUUUAGACCCGAAAUUUUAACCCCCCGUGUCGGAGACUCCUGCUUCGUAUUCUUCUUCGUCUGACCAAUAAAAAUCAUCCGAAGAACACCCCCCUACAAAACGUUCCUGGCUAACCAAUUUCACACUGUCCUGAUUUGGGACGGUUUGUCGAUUUCCCUGUUCCUAGUCUUACACCUCUUUUCUCUCACACCAACGUAAAAAGAGGCAAAGGUGGUUUUGUUCUCCAUUUUUGAAACCAAGCGACCCAGAUCAUUGGUGCAACACGAAGGAUCUCGCUUUGGUUCCUUUUUCCUUUGGUUGCGUGUUCUCCAUCAGUUUUCUACCUUCUUACUUCCUCUUAUUCUAGUCCAGAAAAAAAAAACCUCUCCUACAUUCCAUUUUCUUGUUCAUUUUCUCAACAACCCACGUCGCGACCGACACUCACUUAGUAUUAUUAUCUAUCACCGAUACAUUCGUUUUUAAUCGGUGGUGACACAGGUAAAAAUCCCAAGACGCGAUAGAUUUAAUUGAUUUUUUCUGCGGCUUGGAUUUCUGGAACUCCCUUCGCUCAAGUAUCACUACAUAUCGACCCGUCACAAUGUGGACGUCUACGGCUUUGCCGCAUCUCGCCUUGGGACUGGCUGCCCUCUCCGGCACUCUCGCUCAGAGUUACAACGACAUUCCGGAAAUCGAGGCAUAUGGCCAGCAUUUCUUCUACAAGAACAAUGGAUCUCAAUUCUACCUAAAGGGUGUUGCGUACCAAGAGAACUACAGUCCUAACGGGACUUCGGAUACCGCCAACAACCAAUACACGGACCCGUUGGCCGAUGGAUCCAAGUGUUCGCGCGAUAUUCCUUUCAUGAAGAAGAUCUUCACCAACGUCAUCCGAGUCUACGCCAUAGAUCCCACUCAGAACCACGAUGACUGCAUGGAGCAAUUGGCUUCCAACGACAUCUACGUUAUUGCUGAUCUCAGUGAGCCUGGUACUUCCAUCGACAGCAACGACCCGUCAUGGAACGUCCCUCUCUACACCCGUUACACUGCCGUCGUCGAUUCUUUGAGCAAGUACAAGAACGUGAUCGGCUUCUUUGCUGGCAAUGAAGUCGUGAGCGCCCAGAACCAGACCUCUGCUGCUGCUUUCGUUAAGGCUGCCGUCCGCGACACCAAGGGUUACAUCAAGCAGAUGAACUACCGUACGACUUUGGGUGUCGGCUACGCGACCGCUGAUGUUCCUAGCCGAAACGAACUAGCUCACUACUUUGCUUGUGGUGAUGCUGAAACUUCUAUUGACUUCUGGGGUUACAACGUCUACUCGUGGUGUGGUGACAGCAACUACGAAACCUCCUCGUACGGCGAGCGCGUUGACUUCUUCAAGGACUACCCCGUUCCUGUCUUCUUCGCUGAGUACGGUUGCAUUGAAGUCCCCGCUGGUGCUGAGCGCAGACCUUUCACUGAGGUUCCCGUUCUCUACGGUAACAUGACCUCCGUCUUCUCCGGUGGUAUCGUCUACGAAUGGUUCCACUCCGACAACAAGUAUGGUCUCGUUGAGAUCAACGACAACAGCGUUUCUCCUUACCCUGACUACACCUCUCUCUCGUCGCAGCUGGCUAAGGUUACCCCGUCCAUCACUCAGUCCAGCGCCUACAAGCCCUCUAACACCGCACCCGCUUGCCCUAGCGUUGGCGGUACUACUUGGGCUGCCGCUGCGUCGCCUCUUCCCCCUGCGGUCAACCCUCAACUUUGCAGCUGUGAGGUUGCCAACCUUGACUGCACUGUUGACUCUGAUGACUCCGAUUCCUACGGUGACACCUUCGACUUCAUUUGCAGCAAGAACGAGGACUACUGUGCUGGAAUUGCCCACAAUGCUACGACUGGUACUUACGGUGCUAUCGGUGGAUGCUCGCCUAAGCAGCAGCUUGCCUGGGUUGCCAACCAGUACUACCAAGGACAGAGCAACAAGGCAAGCGCCUGUGACUUCGGUGGAUUGGCCAAGACCCAGAGCCCUAGCACCUCUGCAGGCUGUGAGGCGUUGAUCUCUGCUGCUGGUACCGAUGGAAAGGGAAGUGUUCCCAGCCCCACUGGACAGCAGGGAACUGCCGCCGCCAGCAGCUCAUCCAAGGGUGCUGCCGCUGGUACCAUGACAGCGCCAUCCUUUUUCAACUACGGUAGCACCUUCUUUGCUGCCUACGUUAUCACCGCACUGGUUUCCGGUGUCGGUAUGUUUGUGUUGUAGGGGGUGAACUGGGAGAAAAAAUUCGGUAAAUACGAGGGGGAAUGGUAAUGAGUUCAGGUUGUAUGUGUACUAGAAUGUGUUUUCUGCAUUCAUGAUUGGGAAAUAUCAGGAGAUCAAUCAUCGUUUGCAUGGAGUUAGAGAGCUAUGUGAUAUUCUUUCUCCGCUUCGUAUAUGAGGAUAUAGGUCAAGGCGAUUCAUCAUUGCGUCCAUCUCCUUCCACUUUCACAUUGCUUUAGGACAAGGAAGUAAUUAUGCUGUAGAUUCGGAAAGAAGCUAAUACGAACUUGCACAUAUUCCUAAACAAGUUUCAAUAUAGGGUGCAUGUCUAGAGAAGUAUCCAUUCUGCUGCAGGUACUCUAAAUGUGGGUUGCAGUUCGGUAACAUCAUCGAUGGGUCGCUGCUUGCAUGCUGCAUGUGGUGUGACGCAUUUGUGACACGCUAGGAUGAAUUUGGAUCUUGGCU